UGUUAACCUAUAGCAGCCAUGCAAAGCCACAGGGAAUCUAUUCCCAACAUAUUUGCAUUGACUUCACUCACGGACCCUUUUUAUCCAUCAGUAAAAUACUAAAAUGUACACUUUCCUAUCGUCCUCAUCUACACUACUGCUAAUUAGCAUUACUCUAAACAUUUGAUCCAAAAAAAAAAAGAAAAAAAGCAUUACUCUAAACAUGCAGCCAAAACGUAAUUGCGUUUAGGCCUCUAAGAUUGCUGGAUAAACCAAAUAUUAAGAACAGAAGGAAGUGAUUGAAGUAGAAAGGUUUGGAAUCAAUAUAAUCAGUCAUAGAAUCAGACAAAACCAUACGGGAAGCGUAUCGACUAAAUUCAUGGAAUCACGGGCAUCAAUUUUUCCAUUUUGGCUUCUUUUGUAGAAUCUUUUCACCCUUUCGAGUUUUGACCAUUCUCCAACCUUCACCGCCCAAGUCUUUUAUUUUCCCCAAAAAAACACUUCUUCUUUAAAGUUACCAUCUUUUUUUCUUGGUUUCAGGUUCCAAUUUGUUCAGGUAAAGUAGGACUAGAGCUUGUUUUUAUGUUGGAUGAUGAACGGUGGUAAUAAUAGUAAUACAGGGGAAGUUAACAUUCAGCUGCCGGAGACGGCGAAAAUGGGCGGCGCUCCGACCAGUGUUACAAUGAGCGGCCCAUUGGUCUCGUCUUCAAGGCCUUCUGUCCGGAGUGUUCAUGGGAAGAUGGAUAUAGCUCAUGUGGUUUUGCGAUUGGCUUGUCUUUUGACUUCGGUGACUUCUCUGGCAGUGAUGAUUACUGCUAAACAAGCUUCAACCAUUUCACUCUAUGGUUUUAGCCUCCCGGUUUCUUCCAAGUGGUCUUUCUCUGAUUCUCUCGAGUACCUGGUUGGAGUUUCUGCAGCAGCAGCAGUUCAUUCUCUGCUUCAACUGUUUAUCAGUGGAUCAAGAUCUUUGCGAAAAUCCCCAGUCAUUCCCUCUCGAAAUCAUGCGUGGCUUCUUUUUGUCGGGGAUCAGAUAUUUGCAUUUGCAAUGAUGAGCGCUGGAUCUGCUGCAUCAGGAGUCACCAAUCUGAACCGUACCGGGAUUCGACAUUCCGCGCUUCCGAAUUUCUGCAAGCCGUUGAAUGUUUUCUGCAAUCGUGUUGCGGUGUCCAUCGUAUUUGUCUUCUUCAGUUGCUUCUUGCUUGCGAUUUCAGUGGUUCUUGAUGUGAUCUGGCUGUCCAAGUAUUAGGAGGAUUCUAACAUAGUAGACUCUUUUUUUUUUCUUUUUUUUUUUCCUGAUUCUCUUCUAAUCGUAAUGGCAUGGAACUCUAUUAACAGGUGCUCUACGAGGACUUUUUUCUGUAAUGAUUUCAACAUUUCCUGCAGCUUUUUCGGAAAUAUCGUGUGUUUAUUGAAUCCACAUCGUGAGGUAUUAUUUAUACAAGAUGAUAAACAUAUCCUGAUCUAAAUCAAAAUCAUAUCAUGGGUUUAAUGACUGGAU